AUGGUCGAGGGAGAUAAAAAGAAGCAAUCAACGGACAGUCAGACUAAGAGGCGAAUUUUGGAGGAUGAAUGGAAUAAUCAAGGACCAAAACAUACUUGCUGCAAUAACGAUGAUAUCUCUAUGGAGAAGGAUGAUGCCCCAAAUCAGAAUACCAUGAAAGGAAGCUACAUGUCGAGAUGGGUUGAGAUUGAUUUAACAGAGGAAGCUAUUGAUGACAAAGGUAUUUGGGAGGAUCUUGCAGUUAUUGCCAUAAUCAUUUGGCCAAAGAAACCUAGGCGAAUCAUUAACCCAUGGAUAAAGGACAAUUGGGGUAGUCAAGAUGUGGUGAAAUUUUUGCUGAAAGGCUUUUUUGUGGCAAUCUUCAUAGAGAAAGGAAUAAGGGAUCAAAUUCUAAGUUCAAAAAAUUGUUAUUUCGAUAAUUUACCACUCUACAUUCAGCCGUGGACACCCAAUUUUAACUUGCUGAAACUCGUAGUCUAUGAAACUCUGGUAUGGAUUAGACUGUAUAAUCUCCCAAUCGAAUAUUGGGGGGACUCAAGUCUUGAGAAAAUUGGGCGAACGCUCGGUACCCUUCUAGAAAUUGAUGAAGAAAUCAUUGAAAAUGAUUCAUAUAUAUAUGCUAGGAUGAAAAUUGCAGCAGUCGAACAAAUUCCUUUCAUUAUAAAUCUUAGAACGGACAAUGGAUUAUGGAAACAGGGCAUUGAAAUUGAGAGAGAAGUUUAUGCGUGUCAAAGAUGUGGAAGUAAAACCCAUCAAACCAAAAGUUGCAAAAUUUUUGUGCGUAGGGCAUAUAAUACUAAGUAG